AUGGAAAAACUUAAAUAUGUAAAUGCAAAGCCUCGUCCUUAUGCCUCAAGAUCUUCAGUUCCAAACCCUAAUAUUAAAAUCCAAAACACAAAUUUUACACCUAGAUCUUUAACUUUGUCGAGUCCAUACAUGCGAUCUCCAUCAAGUAUGGAAACAGACGAAAGACUUUAUAUGCAAUCCCCUAGCAUAGAAGAGUUCUAUAAAAGUGCUGAAUCCGACCGUAAUAAGCUUGAAAAAAUAUAUCAUCAGCGGAAAUAUAAAACUAAAUCUCACGUUUCUUCAAAACUCCAAAACGAAAUCAAUCGUCUAACUCUCCUCCUCAGUGAGAGAAAGCAAUCAUUGGAAAAGUAUCUAUUUUUUGACCUAAAAAUGCACCUUAUAUAAAAAAUUUUAUAAAAAUAUGUAUUUAUAUAUAAAUGGCAAUGAGUAUAAUCAACCUUCUAGCUUAUUCUGUUGAAUUUUAUAUACAGCUUGUAUUUUAAAACAAAUUAAAUUAUGUUUUGCUUUCCAUUAUUGUAAAUUCGAAAAAAAUUGACUAUAAAAUUUAUAUUAAAAACAUUUAAGUUCUUUGAAUGAAUAAAUUUUAUUUCCUUGAUGGAGAGGCAGGGAGUAAGUAAAAAUUUUGCUUUCCAAAAAGAUGAUGACCUGCAUGUGGCAAAAUCUCUUGAGUAUAUUAAACAAGCAAUUGAUAAAAUUUUAAUUGAAAAAGAACCAAAACCUAACGAAGACUAUUGGACUAAUAAUAGAAAUUUUGAGAAUUCAAAAGGGAAAUUUGACGGAAUUGAUGAGCUUAGAGCAAAUUUAAGAAUUCAAAUUAUUCAAGCUAAGCAAGAAAGCGAAAAGGCAGUCAAAAUGCAGCAGCAGUUGAAAAGAUAUGAAAAUAUUUUGAACCAAAAAGAAAGCGGAUUAAGAGACCAAGAAAAACUUUUAUAUAUUGAUAAAGAAGAAAUAAUCAAAGAGAAAGAAGCCAUUAAAACUAAGACAAAUCAUUUAGAAUUGGCAAAGGAAGAAAUCAAAAAGAAAGCAAACCAAUUGGAAAUCGAUAAAGAAUUAUUAGAAAAAGAAUAUGAACAAUUAGAGAAAAAUCGUCAAAACAUUAAAGAAUUCAACAAAUUUGAAGAAAAACAUUAUAAAGAGAAUGAAGAUUUUGAAGAAAUGGAAAGAGAAUUUUUAUUAAAAUGUGAAGAAAAGUCUGAGUUAAUUGCGAAAGCUGAAGAAGAUUUAAGUAAAAGAGAAAUGGCUUUAGAAAAGCAGCAUCAAGAAUUAUAUUUGUUAUCUAAAUCGCUACAAGAUUUAAAAGAUCAAAUAGAACAGCAACAAGAUUUUGCUUCAAAAAAUUUAGAAGAGCAGCACAAUCGUCUGCAAGAAGAAACAAAAUCAUUAAAUAUAAAGCGGUCAGAAACUGAAGCAGCCUACAAGAAAUUAACUGAGGAGCUUAAAACAGUUGAAAAGCUUAAAAAUACUCUUUUGGAACAAAAAGAAAUAUCUGAUAAAGAAAUUGAAAAAAUAAAAGAAAAAUAUGGCCAAAAAAUAUGUGAAGCCUUAAAUAUGAGCAAUCAUGCACAAGAAACUGUCAAAAUCAUCUCAGAAAAGGAAGAAUAUAUUGACAAAAUUAUAUUAGAAAUCGAAAAAGAAAAAUCUGAAUUAAACCAAAGAUGAAAAUAUGUUGAAAACUUAGAAAUGCUCAAAGAAGACUUAGAAAGAGAAAGGAUGGUUUUUGAGGAUAAAAAUGCGUUAAAACGAGAAACUGGAAAUGAAUUUAAUGAAAAAGACACUGAAACUUUAAAAACAAACUUGCAAUUUAUCAAUAAAAGAAGCCAAGAAUUAGAAGAAAUUUCAAAUAUGCUAGAAGAAAAAAUGCAAUUUAUUAUGCAAAAAGAAAAUGAACUAAAAGCUGUGCAGGAAAUAAUUGAUAAUGAUAGAGAAGAAAUAGACUCAACCUCAAAAUUAUUAAAAAAUAUUUUUACAGAGCUUAAUGAACAAAGAGAAAUGCAAGAAUAUGAAAAUGAGAAAAUAGCAAAAGAAAAAGAGCACACAAGCAAAGAUAGAGAAAAAAUUGCUGGGAUAAUCACAAAACUUGACCAAGAAAUUAAAAGAAUUGAUAAUAAAGAAGAUGAGCUUCAAAAGCUAAGGCAAGUAUUGGAUGAGAGAGAAAAUUUGCUUCAUAUGAAGGAAAGAAAUAUUUUGAUGAUGGAAAAUCAGAAAAUAGAGUUCAAUAAUCGAAAUAUUUUGAAUGACCAAGAAAAUCCGGAAGAUAAAGAUCGAUAA